CUCGAACAACUUAGUACCAGCUGUAGAAGACGCUUGACUAGCGAACAUUCACUUGCAUUCAAUCAGCAUGAUGGCGUGCAGAUGUUGUCAAUAACGCACCGCAUGCAGCAUAACAUUUCACUCCCUCACGGAACGGCGCUUCGCAGACUCGGACUCAGAGUACGUCUACUUAAGCAACUGAUUUAGUCGCCGUAGGAUCCUCUACCUGUGCCCAAGAGAUCGCCAUGUCGGUGUCCAUGAGCGACUUUCGGUCCUUGGAGGCAACUAGAUACCUCUCAGGUACUGCGAUUACGCUCGCGCUGUACGACCACUUCCUCAACCUGCCGAAGGAAAUUCAAUAUGUAUGGCAUCAGCCACCCCUCUUCCUGGCGGUAUGCGUUCUUUUCGACGUAUAUCUUAGGGAGGCGGGUCUCCUGUAUUUUGCAGUUGUCAUGAGCGGAUUUGCCCCCUUAGACAAGCAGAGUUGUAUCUCCUUCACGAUAUUUGCCGUGGUCUAUGGUUUCGUCAGCAAUGCAUCAGUACAUUCCUAUAUUCUCUUCCGCUUGUAUCGACUAUGGGACAACCGUAGGUUUGUGAGCUAUGUACUUGGAGGAGCUUUCGUCAUAUGCAUGAUCGCAACCAUCAUAUCGGACGUAUUCCUGCUGAGACAGAUACUGUCUGAGGUUCAGUAUGCGGAGCUCCACGGAAUCCAAGCUUUCAUCGAGACAUGCAUGUUUACUAAGAAGUCUUGGUACUUCGUCGGGUCAUGGGCACCGAUGGUGGCGUUCGAUCUGAUCGCGCUCGCACUGGUGGCUUGGAGCACGCUGAUGACUCCACGCAGACAAGAGACCGCCAUAGUAGGGAUCCUGUACAAGCAGGGAUUCUACACGUUCCUUGCGUUCCUCCUGUUACGACUAUCGCGAUUACUGUCGAGUGUAUUCGGUUCAGCCGCAGAUACAACACUCAUGCCUCCGGUGACAUGGGCACUGGACGGUAUUCUGAGUUACCGCCUCUUCCUCACAAUCAAAGAGAUGGAGUAUGGCUCAAGACGCAACUGGUCCAAAUAUGACGCAGGUCCGCGAACGCGCGGAAACCCACAAGUCGGCCGACAAGCGACGACAAUCCUUGUAUUUGAGGAGAUCGAAAUGGAUUCCAAGUAGACUCAGUCACGUCUGAUUCUGCAAUGCAAAGGGCCACGUACCACGUAUCCCAUGCGAUUGAAUGUAUAAUACUUCCUGAUAUUUAUGCCUAUGUGGACGGCGCAGGUCCCUAGUCGUCUAACUA